UGACAGCGGCUUGUGGUGUCGCCGCCACUGCGCAGGCGCAACCCGGCGGACGAAGAUGGUGCUCAUCAAGGAAUACCGUGUGGUGUUGCCCAUUUCUGUCGAAGAGUAUCAAGUGGGCCAACUGUACUCGGUGGCCGAGGCCAGCAAGAAUGAGACGGGCGGCGGCGAGGGCAUCGAGGUCCUCAAGAACGAGCCCUACGAGGAGGACGGCGAGAAGGGGCAGUUCACGCACAAAAUCUACCACCUCAAGAGUAAAGUCCCAGGAUACGUGAGGAUGCUCGCGCCGGAGACGGCGUUUGUUUUUCACGAAAAGGCUUGGAACGCUUAUCCCUACUGUCGCACGGUUGUGACGAACGAAUACAUGAAGGACGACUUUGAGAUCAAGAUCGAGACGUGGCACAAGCCCGACUUUGGAACGGUCGAAAACGUGCACGACCUGGACGAGCCCACGUGGAGAACCGUGGAGGUGGUUCCUAUCGACAUCGCCAACAAAGAGGAAGUGGCGCCGGGGGACUACAAAGCGGAGGAAGACCCCUCCCUGUUCCGCUCCGUCAAAACCGGAAGAGGCCCCCUCGGCCCCGAGUGGAAGAACGAGCUGAAGACGGACUGUCCGUACAUGUGCGCGUACAAGCUGGUCUCCGUCAAGUUCCGGUGGUGGGGCUUCCAGACCAGAGUGGAGAACUUCAUCCACAGGCAAGAGAAGCGCAUCUUCACCAACUUCCACCGCCAGCUCUUCUGCUGGGUGGACAAGUGGGUGGGUCUGACCAUGGAGGACAUCAGACGCAUGGAGGAGGAGACCCAAAGAGAACUGGAGGAGAUGCGCCAGAAGGGCGACGUGCGAGGCACCUCUGCGACAGACGAGUAGACGCCGUCGCUGUAGUCAAACUCUAGAGGCGGGCUGACUGCGUAAAACCGGUCCGAUUCGAGGCACCAGUGCCGCUCACGAGCAAUGAGCCAAACCACCCUGACCCUCUCUUGACGAUGUCAUCGGAGACACGCCCACCACCGGGAGGGGAAGUGGCCCCGGUUUCCCCGCUACUGUACAGACCCCCUCCCUCCUCUGCUCCACUCCAACAACAACAACAACUGGUUUUGCAUAUAUCUUAAUUCUAUAUCCACGUUCACAAAGACCAAAAAAAAAAAAAAAAAAAACCCUCCUCUUUGCACAGAUGUAAUUUGCCUGUAAUGUAAAUGAUGGCGGUUCCGACGGACGGGCUUCGUUUUUACUCUGGCGUUGGAGCCUUUUCAAUUGACCAUUUGGAGACGAAUGUGGUUUUUAGACGUCGACGAGGUCCUCGCGCAGCCGUUGGACCAGUUUUAUUCCGACCCCCCCCCCCCCCCCAUUGUUGUUGUUCUCCGUGUUUGUGUGUACUACAACACAGUAUUUGUCCGUGUUGUUGAAAGACCCCCUCCCCCCUUGCUCUCCUGUCUUAGCGUCCGUCCCCCCCCCCCCCCCCGGGGUCCAUCGCCGGCCGUGCGAAUGAUGUCACGCGCACGGUUUUAUUUCCAUCAGUGUCCUGGGACGGUGGGUAACUGCACCGUUACUUUCUCGCAAGUAUUCCCCUGUUGCAUCGGUCGAUUUUUCAAGUCGAGGCCCGUUCGAGCCGAGUUGGCACCCAAAAAAGUCCGACAGUGUGCUCAAAUGUUUACUCGCGGUUGGCACACUUCCCUUCCUCGAGCGCACUUGCAAGCGGCACAUUACAAAUAAAUGCGACUAUUCAAAACGUUA